UUCAGCAACAUAUAGAACAGAAAAGAAUUGCCCCACAGAGUUUGCAAGGAGUUCCUGUGCAUUUGAACUGCCCACCUUUGGGUUAGUAGCUGCAGGUCUUAUCCACUAUGCCACCAGGGUUUUCACCAUAGGUAUUUUUUUUAUAGGGGUGAGACUUCCAACACAUAUUUUUGGGAAACACAAUUCAAUCCAUAGCAGGAAACGAUGCUAAGAGGGAAGAGGGAAAACCUACACAGUUAUGCAGCUUUUGUUGGGGACUAGAUGAAUAUUGACUGAACUCAUUUAAAGGAUACUGACUUGCUUAGCCAGCAAGAGUGUCACUACAGUAAACACUGUCAUGCGUUUAUUUUGCAGAUUCCCAGAGACUCCGGAAAGAUGUCUUACUAUCAGCAGCAGUGCAAGCAGCCCUGCCUGCCACCUCCUGUGGUAUGCCCACCUAAGUGCCCUGAUCCAUGCCCACCUGUGUGUUGCCCUCCUCCGCCAUGCCCACCUGUGUGUUGCCCUCCUCCACCAUGCCAGCAGAAAUGCCCUCCUGUGUUGCCACCCCAACCCUGCCAGCAGAAGUGUGUACCCAAAAUCAAGUAACAACACCAGAAAUCAUCAGAAUCAUGAAAUGAUGUGAUCCAGUGGCUCUUCCCAGUGUCUGGACUCCAUCCUCUUCCCUCAGCCAUGGUGACAGACUACAGUCUCCCUAACCUUCCUUCUGAGACAAGAGCUGAUGGAGAAAAGGCUUAGAU